AUGUUGUUUCGUGAUACGAUGGAAUCGAGUGCAAUGGUUGGUGUAUUGCUUCUGAUCGGAAUCAGUACACUCCUUAUACUUGGAGAAAAUCAAGUGAUCAAGGCUUCACCAAAUAAAAGAUCUCUUGAUGAUUUGGUGUUUCCGAAGGAUUUUAGAUUUGGUGUUGCUACGGCAGCCUAUCAGAUUGAAGGUGCAUACAAUGAAGAUGGAAGAGGAAUGAGUAUUUGGGACAUUUGGAGUCACAUUCCUGGAAAAAUUUAUAUGAAUCAAACUGGUGACGUUGCUGACGAUCACUAUCACAAAGUGAGAGAAGAUGUUGAGAUGAUGAAGUCUUUGAGAGUGAAAAACUAUAGAAUGAGUAUCAGCUGGUCACGAGUCAUUCCAACAGGUCUCAUUAAAGACGGUAUCAAUCAAAAAGGAAUUGAUCACUAUGACAGGGAAAUUAACAUGUUGGUGAAUGCUGGUAUUAAUGUUGCCGUCACACUUUACCAUUGGGAUUUGCCUCAACAUUUACAAGAUUUGUAUGGAGGAUGGCUUAAUUCCAAUGAGGUUGUCGAGGCCUUUAGAGAUUAUGCUGAUUUAUGUUUUGCAAAAUUUGGAGAUCGUGUCAAGGAUUGGAUCACUUUCAACGAACCAUUUGUGACAUCUGUACAAGGUUAUGGCAAUGAAGGAAUGGCUCCGGGAAGUACCAACUCUUCCACAGUAAGCCCUUAUUUGGCAACCCAUUCUCAAUUGUUAUCACAUGCUGUUGCUGUCAAAGUAUACCGUGACAAGUAUCAAAAACAUCAAAAUGGAAGAAUUGGUAUUACAUUGAAUUCCAACUUUUAUUAUCCAUUAACUAACACUCAAGCAGACUAUGUUGCAUGUGAGAGAGCUCUUUUGUUCGGAUUUGGUUGGUUUGCUGAUCCAGUGUUCUUUGGAGACUAUCCCCAAGUGAUGAAAGACUUUGUUGAAGGAGGAAGAUUGCCUCAAUUCACACCUGAACAAAAGAAGUUAUUGAAAGGAUCUGUUGACUUUAUUGGCCUUAAUCACUACACGAGUAACUAUAUUGGAAAUAGAGACACUCCACUGCCUCCAGUUUAUCAAAGAACUUUCAACGAUGAUCAGAGAACCAUUGGUUCAAGCUACAAGAAUGGAGUACCUAUUGGACCACAAGCAGAUUCUGAUUGGCUCUAUGUCUAUGCUCCUGGAAUUCGUUCCAUUUUGAACUGGAUUCAACACAGAUAUCAACCCAAGAUGAUUUACGUGACUGAAAAUGGAGUGGAUGUUCCAAACGAAAGUGACAUGCCCAUUCAACAAGCAUUGAAUGAUACUUUCAGACAAAAUUACAUUCAUGAUUAUUUGGCUGAGGUUUCUAAGGCAGUCAUGCAAGAUGGUGUCAAUGUGAAAGCUUAUUAUGUUUGGAGUCUCAUGGAUAAUUUUGAAUGGGCCAAUGGAUAUAGAUGUCGUUUUGGUAUUGUGUAUGUCGAUUAUAAGAGUUCCAACCUCGAUCGUCACAUUAAGAACUCGGCCAAAUACUACAGUCAAGUCAUCAAACCUUAUCAAUAA